UCUGUACACGACAAACUGUUUCGGACAAGACAACUCGGUGCAGUUGCGCCAUGGGACGGCGUGGAACGAUAUAUUUGGGCGCUCUGGAUGAGUUUCUGGGGCUAACUUAUCUCUACAACGGAGUUGCUAGUGCUGCGUGUUUGGACAUCGGUGGUCUGCUCCCUCGAGCUCAUCUGUCAACAUGAAAGACGCACUGUCGAGCUGCAGUGGUCGUGGAGGCCUGGCGCUUGAUUUCCCACAAGAUGAAUACUCGCUCAUGUUUCCGCCAUCACCAGAGCACUCACCAGUCGGCAGCUGCAAUAGCUGGGCUUCUGGAGUUGCUUCACCUUCGCCCUGCGCAAAGAGCCCUUUAACUGCAAGCACAAGCAUUAGCAGCCCAGAGAUCAAAGCCAAGAAGUGGGUGCGCAAAGAGAAGAUCGGACAGGGGUAUAUCGCAUAAUUGCAUGUAGACUAUGUACUGCUUUAAUAGCCCUGACACAGUCUUGUUGGUGGUAUUACUCUGCAGUGCGCAAGGCUCCAUCUACCGCUAUGUAGAGACCAACACAGGUCGAGAGGUGGCUGUGAAGGUUAUUUGGACGAGAGAGUUGCCUCCUCCCGCAGUGGAAGCGAUCAAGAGAGAGGUGAAGACCAUGAAGCGACUGCGACACCGACACUUGGUCCGCUAUCUGCAAGCCACAGAGAAAAAGCAGAGCGAACUGCGGAUUUACAUGGAGUACGCAGCCGGUGGUUCACUUAGUUCACGUUUGUCCCGCUCUGGUGCGUUGCCACUGGCGCUAGUCAAGCGCUACUCCCGUCAAUUGUGUGAGGCUCUGCAAUACCUGCACCAGAACGGCAUCGCACAUCGAGAUAUUAAAUGUGCGAACAUUCUACUGACUGCACCGAAGGGCGGACCGGACGAUGGUUCUUGUGCAGAUGUGAAGCUGGCGGAUUUCGGGACUUUCAAAGUCGUCGGUUGUGCCUCACUUGUUGGUGGACUGAAGGGCACACCCCACUGGAUGGCACCCGAAGUGAUCCGCCAGCAGAAUAUGGAGGACGAUGGUAACCACGAGCGCUGGUUCCGUGCUGACGUGUGGAGUCUCGGUUGUGCAGUGCUUGAAAUGAUCACAGGUCAGUCACCGUGGCAGCAGUUCAGCAACCCGCUCGCAGCAAUGUAUCAAAUCGUGUCCAGUGAUAUCACGCCAACUAUCCCAGCCGACGUCUCAGCAGAGACCGCCUCGUUCCUCAUGCUCUGUCUCCAGCGAAAUCCAGAGCAUCGAGGGACGAUUGCUCAGCUCCUCGCACAUCCGUUUGUUCGCGCAGCUGAUACCAAGACGAAAGCAAAAAGCUCGAAGCAUCGGAUCAAACGCCUUGCUGAGGUACAAGUCGAUUAUGUCGGGCCAGUAUGCAACCAACAGGGCUCUCAUUCACUUCCCUCAACACCGAAAAUGGCAGUCUCAAGACCUGGAAAGGAUUUGGUCCCAGAGCCUGAGCCACACGAGGAUUCAUCGACGCAGUCUCACACCGAGAGCCCCAGAAGACACAGAGUCUCCAACUUGAGUCCGCGAUCACCAUUAUACGACGAAGACAAGAGGACUCCAGGACUUCAAUACGUUCGAGAAAACGCACUGAAUUCCCCCGGCACACGGUCACUGGCCAAUCUUCGUCUUCCUCGCACUCCCAGACUGAUGCAACUGGACCCGAUAACGAGGCCAACCUCACCAGAGAUCACCAACCAGGACUCACAUACAGCAGCGAGUAUGAUGCCUAGUACUCCUACGAAUCUUUCACGAGGUGCAUCUGCAGGAUCAAAACGAUUGCCACCAAUGCGUGAUCUAAAGAACGGCCAUGAGACUCCCUCGAUCUCACCCUUAAGACUGAGACGUAUCGCUACAGCACCCACGACAGCGACCAAAUUGGAGGCCACAGAAGAUAUCUUCCCAGACACUAUUCGGCUACCACCUUUGAGCGCCCGACCAACAAGAAAUCGAUGCAGUUCAGCACGAAGCAACUUAACGCAACAAUGACGACUGGAAUCAAUGAUAAUAAAUACUAUAUGUAGAGUGAUAGAGUACGAAUGUCACUGGUCGAGAGCCAUGUCAACGGGUA